CGCGGCCGCAUGUGGUCGGCUCGGCGUCGGUGAGUUAAACGCAGCACAGUUGGCGUGUGGCGGCUCUGCAUGAGGUGGUCGGGGCCAGCACCCAGCAGAGCUUGCGGCGGCUCGGGUGUGACGGCGCACGCGAGGCUGCACGGCGUAUUGAUGUCCAGACUCGGGUGUGGCAUGCAUCUCACGUGGCGGCCUGCUUGGUGCAGCGCGACGAUGAAUUGAGGACGAUGAAGAGUGCAAAGAGAGGCGACGGAGGUAAGAAGUUGAGCAGGCAUGCUGUGUUUAAUACUACAGCAAGGAGAUCAGCAUGUCCAGCAGCCGGGUGCACAUGGUGUGGCGAACGGCAGCAGCACCUGAUGGUGAGCACCAGCUAUCGAGUUCUAAUCGUUAGGCUUUGCUAUCAGCUCUGUUCUUUCCAAGGGAUCUCUGGUCAUGAUUCAUUGGACCAUAGUGAUAUGCAAGAGUAUAAUCCCGAACUUCAACAUUUUCUCAGUUGGCAAAAAGAUGAAGCCUUAGAGAUGGGUUGUCAUGUGACUGAAGAGGAUCGUCUUAGAUCUGCUGCUGAAACCUUCCCUCUGAGGAUACUGAGAUGUCACGAAUGAUUUUGGCCAACGUCGACCCUUUUGCGUCGAGUUGUUUUAUUUCCUGUAUGAAAGCAAUUAAAACUUGAGUAUCCAGGUUUGGAAAAUACAUUGAUGUGAUAUGGCGAUCUUUGUGCACCAUGGUAUUUUAAAAAUUAUGUACACUAUGUAUAUUGUAUUGUAGUUCUCAGAGGAAAAUGAAACUAUUGUAGUUUAACAUCACAAGAUCUUGAUCAAGAUCAUUUGUUGUUAUAAUGCUUGCUCCUAUGCAAUAUGAAGAACCUUCUCAGGAAAUCAAAUAUUUCUAUUGUCUGUA